AAAAAAAAAACAGAGGAUUGAAACAGAGGAAAACAGAGAAGAGAUAAUCCAAACCUCAAUGAAAGCCAUGGCACUUUCUUCAUCUCUUCUCUCAUUUCUUCUUCUCUUUUCUCUGUUUCAAUUCUCGACCGAAGCCAUCAAACAAUCUUACAUUGUCUAUUUGGGAACACAUUCUCAUGGCCCGAACCCUACGACACUUGAUCUCGAUAGCGCUACUAAUUCGCAUUAUAGUUUGCUCGGAACAUACUUAGGAAGCGAGGAGAAGGCGAAAGACGCGAUGUUUUACUCGUAUAAUCGAUAUAUUAAUGGCUUUGCUGCAAUCAUGGAUGAGGCAGAAGCUUCUGCUAUUGCAAAGCAUCCGAAUGUAGUAUCGGUUUUCUUGAACAAAGCUAAGCAUUUGCAUACCACUCAUUCAUGGGAUUUUCUUAGAUUGGAAAGAAACGGUGUCGUUUCUAAGGAUUCCCUUUGGACGAAAGCUCGGUUCGGGGAAGAUACCAUUAUUGGUAACCUUGACACUGGUGCUUGGCCUGAAUCAAAGAGCUUUAGUGAUGAAGGGUUUGGUCCUGUUCCAUCAAGAUGGCGAGGAUUUUGCCAGCGCGGUCCCAAUGAUGGUUUUCGGUGCAACAGGAAGCUUAUAGGAGCAAGGUACUUUAACAAAGGCUACACUUCCUAUCUUAAGACACAAAACACAACCUUUUCCCCGAAACAAAACGCCACUCUAUUCACUCCCCGAGACCACGAUGGACAUGGCAGCCACACCCUUUCAACUGCAGGCGGUAAUUUUGUUGAAAGAGCAAGUGUUUUCGGUAAUGGUAAUGGCACUGCAAAGGGUGGUUCCCCGAAAGCUCGGGUGGCUGCAUACAAGGUGUGUUGGACACCAAUUGAUGGCAAUGAGUGCUUUGAUUCGGACAUUAUGGCUGCUUUUGAGGCUGCAAUUGCUGAUGGUGUUGAUGUUCUUUCUGUCUCACUUGGCGGUGGCACAACCGAGUUUUUUCAAGAUGGUCUCGCCAUUGGCUCUUUCCACGCUGCCAAGAAUGGUAUCACGGUUGUUACCUCAGCUGGAAACUCAGGCCCUCUUCCUGGCUCGGUUUCAAAUGUUGCUCCAUGGAUGAUAACUGUUGGCGCAAGCACAAUUGACCGAGAAUUUAGCGCGGUUGUUGCUCUAGGCAACAAACGACACAUCAAGGGCGAAAGCCUUAGCGCAAUUGCUUUGCCAGCUCGAAAAUUCUACCCCUUGAUAAGUGGUUCAGGUGCUAAAUUGGCGAACGCGUUGUCUGCUGACGCGCUGUUAUGUAAGCCUAAGACUCUUGACCCUUCAAAGGUGAAGGGCAAGAUCUUGGUAUGUGUUCGGGGUGACACUGCUAGAAUCGAAAAGGGUGAGGAGGCUGUUCUUGCUGGCGCGGUUGGGAUGAUUUUGGCUAAUGAUGAAAGCAGUGGAAAUGAAAUCAUUGCUGAUCCACAUUUUCUCCCUGCUUCUCAUAUCACUUACUCAGAUGGAAAUUUGGUACUAAACUACAUCAACUCUACCGAAAAUCCCUAUGCAUAUCUUACUCAAGCAAGGACUGUUCUUAACACAAAACCCGCCCCAACCAUGGCUGCAUUCUCAUCUAGAGGGCCAAAUCUCGUUGAGCCAUCUCUCCUCAAGCCUGAUAUUACAGCUCCUGGAGUGAAUAUCAUUGCUGCAUUCACAGAAUCAACUGCUCCAACCGAGGUUGAAAUAGAUCAUCGUCGAGUUCCAUUCAACGUCGAGUCAGGAACUUCGAUGUCAUGCCCUCAUGUCGCCGGUGUUGUUGGUCUUCUCAAAACCCUUCAUCCAGAUUGGAGUUCAGCUGCUAUUAGAUCUGCCAUUAUGACUUCUGCAAGGACUAGGGAUAAUUCUAACCAACCAAUGUUGGAUUCAACCUUGGAAAAGGCAACACCAUUUGCUUACGGUGCGGGCCAUAUCCAUCCAAACCGAGCUAUGAACCCUGGACUUGUCUAUGACCUAAACACCGACGAUUACUUAAACUUCUUAUGCGCUCGUGGCUACAACGAAUCGGUGCUUAGAGUUUUCUCCCAUAAUCCAUACAAAUGUCCCAAGUCUACAAGUUUGUUAAACUUCAACUACCCUUCAAUUACGGUUGCUAGGGUUGGAUCUCGCUCGGUGAUUGUUACUAGAAGAGUUAAGAAUGUUGGCACCCCGGGAACAUACAAGGCGUUUUUGAGAGUGCCAGCUGGCUUUUCGGCUUAUGUGAAGCCCAAAGUGUUGAAAUUUAGUAAAGUUGGUGAAGAGAAGUCAUUUGAGAUUGUUUUGAAGGCUAAGGUUAUUGGAAAACCUAAGGAUUAUGUGUUUGGAGAGUUGAAAUGGUCUGAUGGGAAACAUAAUGUGAGGAGUCCUAUAGUGGUUAAAUACUAACAAUGGAAUGAAAAAUUGUGUUAAGACAACUAUAAAAAAGAAAUAGUUGGAUUUGAAUAGAUGAUUGUGUAAAUUUGAUUAGUUUAUAAUAUGGUCUUUGUCCUUAAAUUAUGUAACACAAUGAUCCUAAUUUUAUGUUCCAUUUUGGACCAAAAAAAAAUUAAGAUUGUUUGAUGGUGGAAAUUUCUUGCAUUAAUAAAACUUCCAUGAAUGAAAUGAAAAUGCCUUUUUUUUUAUUAUUUAUAUUUAAGAUAUCAUAUAUAUAUUUAUAAUUUUCUAAAAUUAUUUUCAAAAGGUCCCAAAUUAAGCUAUUCCAAAUGUGGUAUGAAUUGAAAUAAAAGUGAGAAUGAGAAUAAAUAUUGUAAUGAGAAUUAGCUUCUAUUUUAAACAAGAAACAAUUGUUAUUAAAUUUAUUCUUCUCUUUUUAUUGCAGAUAUUAUUGUAAAACAAAUACAAAAACAAGUGAUUAUCUUUGUCCCCUUGUGCCACUUUAAUUAGCCCAUAAAUUAUGAAUAAUAGCUUAUGAAAAAUAUUAACCUUUAAAUAUUGCACCAUGUGUUACAAAUUA